GGACCUCGAAAAAAAUGAUCAAGCCCGUACGGAGUAUUUUGCAGAUGCUGCAGGCUAUAACGAAGAUAGUCGGAGACCUGGGAGCGACGGCUGAAGCGCCGAUAAAGAAGGUGGAUGAAUACGUACGGCGGCUGGGUCGUGAGUGUCCCAUCUUAUAUGAUUUGGCAGUACAGAUGGGUGUCCGCUGAUUACAGGAGUGGCCUGAAGAGCAGAUGUGACUGGAUGGGAUGAUGCUUCUUCAACAACUAAGCCCCUUUGAAGCUUUUGUUUGCUUGUGGUCUGUGUGUGCUCUGUGAAAGGCGCUAUAUAAGAAAAGUUCACAUGAGUGAGGCAGGUAACAGGAAACAAGACCCCAAGCCUUUAAACUCAUACAGAACAAAAUGUGGACGAACUCACAUAUUGUACAUCUGCCUUCUUGUGAGAGGACCAACAGGGAGGAAAUGGAGGUGGCACAGAACACCUGGGUAGGUGCUGCCCCCCAGAAGCCAAGUCCAUACUUGUCCAAUCGAGGCAACUUAAUCCGUGACUUCACAGGCAUCCUACGGGAAGGCUUUCUGCUGUACCAUAAGGACAAGCAUGACGAAAAGGACAACCCGAAUGGCAUGAUAAACCUGGGAACCAGCGAGAACAAGUUGUGCACCGACUUGCUGUCUGAACGGCUGACCCAGGCUGAUAUGUUCCACAUCGAGCCCCACUUACUUCAGUAUGCAGACUGGAAAGGCCGUAACUUCCUUCGAGAAGAAGUUGCCCGCUUUCUUUACGACUACUGCAAGGCCCCUCGACCCCUGAAAGCUGACAAUGUUGUGACACUGAACGGCUGCACAUCUGUUUUCUGUUGUCUCUCUGCAGUGGUCUGUGAUCCAGAAGAUGCAGUUCUUGUUCCCACUCCUUUCUACGGGAUGAUUAAAAAGCACUUUAUUCUGUACAACAAUGUCAAGUUGGUCUACGCUCAUCUUACGAGUGAGGUGAGUGCUGCUGAUGAAAACCCCUUUCACUUAAGUGUUGAGAAGCUGGAGAAGGCCCUGCAAGAAGCUACACAGGAGGGCGCUCGUGUCAAAGCCAUCAUCUUGAUAAACCCCCACAAUCCUCUGGGUGACGUCUACACUUCCACCGAGAUGAUGCAGUUCUUAGAAUUUGCCAAAAGACAUGAGCUCCACGCUAUCAUUGACGAGAUUUACAUGCUUUCCGUGUUUGAUGAGCGUACAACUUUUCAAAGUGUUCUCAGCUUCAAGAAGCUUCCUGACCCACAAAGGACACAUGUGAUGUGGGGAAUAAGUAAGGAUUUUGUGGCAUCGGGUAUGCGUGUCAGCUGUCUCUACACAGAGAAUCAAGAUGUCAUCAGCGCCAUUGGAGAGUUGGCAAGUUUUCAUGGAGUUCCCGGGACUACACAGUACCAAGUGGCUCAACUGCUUCGUGACAGAGAUUGGAUCGAUCAGGUGUAUCUGAAAGCCCAUCGGAAUCGACUGAGAGAGGCACAUCAUUAUGUUGUAAAUGAGUUAAGAAAUCUUGAGGUACCCUUCCUUCAUCGUCCUGCUGGAUUCUUCGUUUGGGCGGAUUUCCGAAAGUUUCUCAAAGAAGAAACAUUUGAAGAGGAAAUUAAUUUGUGGCACCAUUUUCUGUGUGAAAAGAUUUUAAUCUGCUGUGGGAAAGCAUUUGAGUGCUGUGAGCCUGGAUGGUUCAGAAUCGUCUUUAGUGAUAAGCUGCCUCGGCUUCAGUUAGGUUUGCAGAGGCUGCGGAAGGCAUUACAACAGCUGGAAGAAAAUCAUCAAUGCAUUGGCCCUUAGAGGCUGAACGGACGGGAGGAGAUGAACAGACGUAGCCAAGAAGUCAACACUGGGAGGCGAGCAGACCAAGUGACAGCACUGAAGUAAUGUGGUGGACUGAAGCUCCAGAUCUGUAGGGGGUUCAUCUGGAAUGGCCCUGCUAGUGGGCCUUUGAUUCACGACACAAAGAAAGCAGUUUCUUGCUAGGAAAACCUGGAGCGGCUUUUAUUUUGGUUCUGUUCUUUUUAAACAUUUUCAUUUCUGCCUGAUGUGCGUUGUUUUAUGACAUUCCUGUUGCAUUUACAUCAUUCACACGACAAUGUCACUUCAUCCCUAUAUUGGAUGGAUUUCUUCUGUUGUCAUCACCCUUUUGUGACGUUUGCGUUGGAUGUUGUUGUACUGUUUGUAGCAAGAUGUCUGUUGUGUUUGCACGCUGUUGCCAUGUUUGACAUCGUUGUGCUUUCCCUAGUUAAGAUGGUGGUGUGGCGAUACAUGCAGUGGUGUAUUGGUGUGAAAACUCACAUUUUUUCUCUCCUGGGUAUUUUUUGUUAGUAGUUACUUGUCACGAAUUCCAUUGUUUAAAAUAUUUUAUGGUUGUUUGGGUAUUUAAAAGUAUUUUCUUACACACAUUUUGGAUUUUUCAAAGUCAGUCAGUCAGUCAUUGUCCAACACGCUAUAUCCUGAUUUUUCAAAGUAAGGAGUCUAAUUUAAAAAUUAGUUUAAUCAUCCAUCCAUCCAUUAUCCAACCCACUAUAUCCUAACACAGGGUCACGGGGGUCGGCUGGAGCCAAUCCCAGCCAACACAGGGCACAAGGCAGGAAACAAUCCCGGGCAGGGCGCCAACCCACCGCAGGACACACACAAACAUACCCACACACCAGGGACAAUUUAGAAUUGCCAAUCCACCUAACCUGCAUGUCUUUGGACUGUGGGAGGAAACCCACGCAGACACGGGGAGAACAUGCAAACUCCACGCAAGGAGGACCCAGGAAGAAAACCCAGGUCUCCUUACUGCAAGGCAGCAGCACUACCCACUGCGCCACCGUGCCGUCCUAUAUAUACUGUAUAUAAAAGAAAAUCCUGAGACAAGACAAGACUAUUGGCAAGAGAUUUUUUUCAAGCCCUGUCCUCUUCUCAACCAUUUAUGGUUAACGGCCCACGCCCGGGGUCCUCUCAUCUUUCAUUCAUGUGAAUGCUUUGGACAGACUCAGUUCCUGCUCUCUCAGCUCUUAUAAAUUUUUACAUUUUCCUCACUUUAAGUUCCCAAUAAAAGAAGACUUAUUAUGUCCAAAUCUUAUUGAAGAAUUUCAUCCCAAAGGGUUAUCAACAGAAGAAAUGAGUACAUGGGCAAUCCUAGCACUGAGAAACGAUGAAGUCAAACGAAUUAACGUGAAAAUUGUUGAUCGGUUACACGGCAAAUUGGUUAAAUGUAUAUCAAUAGACUAAGCUGAAACAGUUGGUGGUGAUGGUGUGGAAGAUGAAAACAUCAAUUUACAAUAUCCCAUAGAAUAUCUACAACCGUUAACACUGUCAGGUCUUCCACCGGCCGAAUUACUGUUGAAAGAAGGACAUAUUGUAAUGUUAUUGUAUAAUUUAUGUCUGAGUGAUGGGCUAUGCAAUAGGACCAGAUUAGUUGUAUUAAAAAUUGGUUUGAACAAUUCUGACAUGUACAAUUUUAACAGGCGACAAGAAAGGUAAUGUAGUCCAUCUUCACUAAUGACAUUAGACACCAAAGGAGAUCUUGACAUGCUAUUCGUAUUAAAACGUUCACAGUUUCCCAUUAGAAUAGCUUUUGCUAUGACAAUUGACAAAUCACAGGGACAAACAUUCAAAAAAGUCGGUUUAUUUAUUAGAGAGAAAGAAACUAAAUUCAUUCACGGGCAGUUAUACGUUGUGUUGUCAUGAUGUAAGUCCAAACAUGGAAUCAAAAUUCAAAGUGAUAUUGAUGAAAAGUUAAUUACAAAUAUUGUUUUUACUGAAGUUUUACACUAAAAGUGUAAGUUUUAAAAGUAUUUGCAUUUUAAUUUCAAAGCCAAACAGAAUGAAAACAUAUACAGUAAUGCAACAAAGAACUCUAACGCAACAUGAAACAUAAUUUACUUUCAAUUUAUUAGGUUUUACUAUUUUUUACUAUGGUAAAUUACUCGCUGUAAUGUAAAAUAGUUCAUUCUUUUAUCCAUAUGUAGCAAUUCCCAUGAAAAUAACAAUCUGUUUAAAUUGUACAUCCGCUUCCCCAAAUACGAACAUCAGAACCACAAAGAGGCUAGCGGGUAGCGCCCACCCAGGAGUUGGCGAGCGAAGUGAGCAGGGGGCAGACACUCCUAGUAUAUAUAUAUAUAUAUAUAUAUAUAUACAGUGCAUCCAGAAAGUAUUCACAGUGCAUCACUUUUUCCACAUUUUGUUAUGAUACAGCCUUAUUCCAAAAUGGAUUAAAUUCAUUUUUUUCCUCAGAAUUCUACACACAACACCCCAUAAUAACAACAUGAAAAAAGUUUACUUGAGAUUUUUGCAAAUUUAUUAAAAAUAAAAAAAUUGAGAAAUCACAUGUACAUAAGUAUUCACAGCCUUUGCUCAAUACUUUAUCGAUGCAACUUUGGCAGCAAAUACAGGUUGUCCUUCUGGAAGGUUCUCCUCUCUCCACAGAGGACCUCUGGAGUCUGACAGAGUGACCAUCGGGUUCUUGGUCACCUUCCUGACUAAGGCCCUUCUCCCCCGAUCACUCAGUUUAGAUGGCCGGCCAGCUCUAGGAAGAGUCCUGGUGGUUUCGAACUUCUUCCACUUACGGAUGAUGGAGGCCACUGUGCUCAUUGGGACCUUCAAAGCAGCAGAAAUGUUUCUGUAACCUUCCCCAGAUUUGCGCCUCGAGACAAUCCUGUCUCGGAGGUCUACAGACAAUUCCUUUGACUUCAUGCUUGGUUUGUGCUCUGGCAUGAACUGUCAACUGUGGGACCUUAUAUAGACAGGUGUGUGCCUUUCCAAAUCAUGUCCAGUCAACUGAAUUUACCACAGGUGGACUCCAAUUAAGCUGCAGAAACAUCUCAAGGAUGAUCAGGGGAAACAGGAUGAACCUGAGCUCAAUUUUGAGCUUCAUGGCAAAGGCUGUGAAUACUUAUAUACAUGUGCUUUCUCAAUUUUUUUUAUUUUUAAUAAAUUUGCAAAAAUCUGAAGUAAACUUUUUUCACGUUGUCAUUAUGGGGUGUUGUGUGUAGAAUUCUAAGGAAAAAAAUUAAUUUAAUCCAUUUUGAAAUAAGGCUGUAACAUAACAAAAUGUGGAAAAAGUGAUGUGCUGUGAAUACUUUCCGGAUGCAAUGUAUAUAUAUAUGUGUGUGUGUGUGUGUGUCUGUAGCUAGAGGUCCACAAAGGGAGAAAAUGAGUCACGUAUCUUAAAAUAGUUUUUUAUUCCUAAGCUUUUGACAACCUUGCAAAUGUCAUCAUCUGAGGAAAAUGAUUACAGGAAUCUAAGGUAAUAUGUAGCCAGUGAAGGGGGAAGUUGUAAUGGGGUUGGGAGUUGAUUAGUAAGGUGGGGUCCAGAAGGUGUUGGUCAUAAAGUCUUUUUUAUUAUUUAGAUGUUCUUCUUUUCAAGCCUGCAUAUACUAGGUUCAAGUCCAAGUGUCUGUGAAUGGCGUUUUUCAUUUGAUAGCCAUGAUUCAGCCAGCUCUCUGGCACUUUUAAUAUUAGCGUUGAAUUUUACUUUCACAGUGUCCCAGUUAAUCGUGUGUCCGAUGGAACAUGUAUAAAUCAGAAUACCGUGGGUCUUUCUUUCUGAUGGCAUUGCAAUGUUCCUGUAUUCAUGUUGCGAGUCUUUUAGAUGUUUUAGAUGGGCAUGCAUUGCAUGGAAUGCUAUAAACUGCGUUUCUUGCCUCCGUAGUUGACCUUUAGCUUUUAACGCUGAAAAACACAGUCUUUAAAGUGUCUGCCGCUUUGUGCGAUAUCUUAAUCCCAGAUCUGGACAGGACAUGUGCUGUACUUUCUGACACGCCACAAUGAUAAGAGAGGGUGCGUUACGUGUGGUGGGGAACCAAGUUGGAGUCGACUGUUUGUUGAGGUCUGCAGUGUCUCCUAUAUAGGCAUUGAUUCAUAAAUGUCUUGGGGUUUGAUGUGAAUAUAUCAGUAACUGUUUACUCUUAGGAAAAAUAUUUGGGUAGUAGGUCAUUUGUUCCAAGCUCUCAUCAUGGGAAUGAUAUCCCCCUACUGUAUGGAAACAAACCUUUGAAGGUGAGCUAUUAAACUGGCUGUUAAACUUAAUGAAGUCCAUGGUCUUAAAAUAAUUAAAACCAACAACACUGAGCACUAAAGGACAUUUCUUUUCUGCAAAAAGGAGCAUCAAAAAACAAAUCCUGAUUUAAUAAAAAAGUAUGGGGCUUUCAGGCUUUGGGGAGGAGAAUGGUGAUUGUGAUGUCACAGGACCACACCUACUCUCCUAUUACAUCAUCACAGUCUUGCCACCUUAGAUUGCCAGCCAAUAAAACAAGACAAACACAGCAAUCUACAUUAAAAGACCAAAAAUCAUCAAAGUUUUCUUUUUGUUUGGUCUUGUAGCUCAACUGGACAGAGGUCCAAAGAGAGGGAGAGAGAGAGGGAGUUGGGGGAUCAUGCACUGCACCCACCACAUGACAAAACACCCAGACUGGGCCCCAAGUGCACCCGUGCAACAGUCAGUCAGUCAUUUUCCAACCUGCUAUAUCCUAACACAGGGGUCGGGGGUCUGCUGAAGCCAAUCCUAGCCAGCACAGGGCACAAGGCAGGAACAAACCCAGGCAGGGCACCAGCCCACCACAGGGCACACACACACACACACACACACACACCUACACACCAAGCACAUACUAGGGAUAAUUUAGGAUAACCAAUGCACCUAACGUGCAUGUGUUUGGACUGUGGGAGGAAACCGGAGCACCAGGAGGAAACCCACGCAAACACGGGGAAAACAUGCAAACUCCACGUAGGAAGGACCUGGGAAGUGAACCCGGGUCUCCUAACUUCAAAGCAGCAGCGCUACCACUGAUAGAUAGAUAGAUAGAUAGAUAGAUAGAUAGAUAGAUAGAUAGAUAGAUAGAUAGAUAGAUAGAUAGAUAGAUAGACAUGAAAGGCACUAUAUGAUAGAUAGAUAGAUAGAUAGAUAGAUAGAUAGAUAGAUAGAUAGAUAGAUAGAUAGAUAGAUAGAUAGAUAGAUAUGAAAGGCACUAUAUAAUAGAUAGAUAGAUAGAUAGAUAGAUAGAUAGAUAGAUAGAUAGAUAGAUAGAUAGAUAUGAAAGGCACUAUAUAAUAGAUAGAUAGAUAGAUAGAUAGAUAGAUAGAUAGAUAGAUAGAUAGAUAGAUAGAUAGAUAGAUAGAUAUGAAAGGCACUAUAUAAUAGAUAGAUAGAUAGAUAGAUAGAUAGAUAGAUAGAUAGAUAGAUAGAUAGAUAGAUAGAUAGAUAGAUAGAUAGACAUGAAAGGCACUAUAUAAUAGAUAGAUAGAUAGAUAGAUAGAUAGAUAGAUAGAUAGAUAGAUAGAUAGAUAGAUAGAUAGAUAGAUAGAUAGAUCAACCAUGGUUUCUUUGCAAACAAGAUGACAAAUUUCAAAAAAACAAAUUGACUCGUGUGACCUGAUGCCGGAUUUUGCAUGUUGUGUGGAUUCCCCUAACUUUCUUUCUCAAUUUUAUUUCUCUAAAUUCCCCUGGAAGAUUAACAGAACUUUUACAAUGACCUCAUACAUUUUUAAAAUGUUGUUUCUAAGGAGCAGAAAAUCAACAACUUCUUUUUUAAGACCUCAGAGCAGCACACUGUGUUUUCACUUCUGCUUUCUUUUGGGGAGUUCCACUUACUCUGCACAUGGCAGGCUCCUUGUUUCGUUUAGUUUCGUUUGACUUUCAGGAUCCCUUUCACUUUCAUUCUUUUCUAAAUUUUUACACUUACAUUUGUAAGCACUCUGGAUUUGUUAACUGAAUGAAGCUGUAUAAAACUAUAAAUAAAUAUACAGGUGCUGAGAUGAACAUUUCUUGCAGAUACAAAAUCGUUCAGUUCAAGCGUAUCCCUUCAGUGCAGGGUGCCAGGCUCCAGCACAUGUCCAUAUUUUGAUUUUUAUUGUAGCAUUCAUCCAUCCACCCAUUUUCAUGACUUUUUCCUCCACUGUAGGCUGUUGGGCGGUCGUCACUUUCUAUCUGGUAUGGCAGGACACACUUGUAUUUUUGAAUUUUCCGUUAGUAUUCUUUCCUCAUUUUCACAGCUCUCUGCUCUUUGGCCGUGGUCUAGCUCUGACCUCAGCGCACUUUUAAUUUUCUCUUUUUUCACUCGACCACCUCUGCUUUCCAUUUAGGGGUUUCCAGCCACAGGUUGGCCUCAUACAGUUGGCGAUGCCCACGUUUGUGACAUGUUUUUAAAGGCCACCAGUUUUUACAGUAGGUGACAUCAUUAAACACGUAUGAGGCCCACAUGUAAAAAGAAGUUUCCUCUCUUUAAACGGCCCACCUUAGAGGGGGAGCUCAUUUUUCUUACUGCCUUUCAAGGGAAUUUCCGCUGCGGCCGGCUGACUGGUUCACUUGGCAGGAGCAGCGGGCUGAAAGGCGCGAGUAAGAAGGAGGGGGGGUGGGUGAUGGGGGGUGGUCCGCCUUUUGAUACUGUGCAGCUGGAGAGCCUGAGGUAAGAACACUCAGCUGACAGUUACUGAAGUGAGAGGGACGCAGCAGCGCUCGGUGGUCCGGGACACUUACAACAGGAGACGCCUUCUCUGCAGGGAUUGACUGCCCAGCCAGACGUGACGCUGCUGCCUUGAUCUCCAUCAUCAGUCCAUUGAUUGGGAUGAACUGCUGGACGGCCACUUUCAGACUGGCGGAGUCCCUGCUGGGCCUGGUGGGCUGUGCCUGUGUGGUGUAUGCAGUCUGGCAGCCUUACUGGCUUGGCGAUGAGGGGCUUUUGAUGAAAGCCAUUAAUGUCACCGCAGCCGGAGCCGAUCACAGUAGUUAUAGUGGACUGACAGACUUUAGAGCUUUGGCCACUGAACAAAUAUUUGCCAUCCUGUCAUCCUUCCUCGCUCUCUGUAGUGGCUGCAUCUGCCUGGUAGUCAUGUGCUGUAUGCCAUCGAGCUGGACCAUGCGGUCGAAUGUCUCAUACCCCCUGGCAAACAACCACAAGGUUCUUCAUCCCGGGACGUUGUUGAUGGUCAUUCUAAUUCCUACAGGCGUCUUUUUCUUCAUAAGUUGGUUGUUAUUCACCCUCCACCACCGACAGGACAUUGCCAGUGACAUCACGCAGCUUGGCUCCUGCUAUUGGCUCGGCUUAUCAGCGUGGGUCCUACUCCUGCUGUUCUUCCCCCUGGUCUACUUUACUGAGUUGUAUGCAGGUUAUAAGAUUGCGGACAAAAUGAAAUACUUACUCAAGAGUUCCCUAACUUUCGAAGACUGCUAGACCCUAAAGUCACAAGCUGAACCUUCGCAGAGCUGCAGCAUUAAAGUCAAGGGGACCACUGGCCUCUAAGCGGGAUGGACUGCGUUUAGAGAAGAAAGAUAGUGGAGCAGUUCCGAGGGCAAAUGGCUUCUUGCUAAUAAGCCAAAUUAAUGUUACUGAGGAUACAGCAACAGCGGCUGCUCAGGUCGUGUCUCUUAAAUUAUGUGCAGACAUCAUUGUUUAUCUCUUUUCUCUCUGGUUAUUGUCUACUGGAGCAAUGACCAUUUGUGCUGCUGUUUUAUCUGAAUCAACCAUUCCAAAGUUGAUGAUAAGACUGUGAUGGACACUAAGGAGAGCAAGAAUAUCCAGUGGGAAAAGUUAAGAGACCAGGAGAGGCAAAAACAGUCCUGGGAGGGAGUCAGACAGAGAACGAACAUCAAAAACCAGAUAUGCAAAACCAAAAGGUACGUUCCCAAAUAUCCUCACAGUAACUAACUAUAAUGGCCCCCUGUGACAGUCCAGGUCAGUUCCACAUUCCCUGACAGCUUCUCAGAACCUCUUGAACUCACGCUAUCACAUUCUUCCACCCCAUAAGCCGCCAGUUGCAUGGGAAGGCACCACACUCCAAACCAAACCAGUGCAACUAAUGGUCCAGGUUCGUGGCAAUGCCCUGUCACUGCACUAAACUCUUAAAAUAAUAAAAACACUAAAAUAAACCUCACCCUAAAACAAAGACCAUGUCCCAUUCUAAAAAAAAAAAAAAAGGAUAUUAACCCUUUCAGCCCUGGAUUUUCUGUUUUUAUGGGAAAAAAAUUUUUGUGAGAUAUUCUAACAAAGCUCAAAAAUGAAAAAACAAACAAAAAAAAAGAUCACUAUUAUUAUACAAUAGCUGCCAAAUACUUCCAUCUUCUUGAGGAAAUAAAAUUGAAAGUGGAGCUACUUACUAUGUGGUGCACAGGACCGUCCAUUUUCACUUCCAUGUUUCUUGGACUAUAUGCCACCAGGUGGCACCCAAAGCAACUGCCACCUCUCUCCAGUCUGCGCUAAUAGCAGCACCCCCUAGCUCCAAUGGCUACAAACGUAUCCGUGCUUUACAAAAAUGGCUGCAUAUAUGUACUAGUGAUAGGAUGUCAGGGCCAAAAGGGUUAAAAGAAUAAGAACUUUGAAAACAAUCAAUCAAAAUAAAAAAAAUAGUCUAUUAAAAGUUCAAAAUUCUCUUCAGGCCUGGGUGUGUGGGUUCUUUAAAGUAGUCAAACACCAAUCCCUCUUGCUGUUUCUUCUUCAAUCUUCGCUCCUCACCACCAGUGGCUUAUCCCACUGCACACACCAUUUGAGAUGGUCUGGGUCAGCUCCACACUCCUUGUCACAUUCUGGGAACCACUUGACCCUGCUAUGUCACCCGUCCCACCAACCAUCAUAAAGAUACAGUUAUUAUUUUUGUAGUGGACCCAAAAACAUUAGAUGCCUAUGUGAGAGGCCACAGCCAUCGUUUCCACAAACAAAAGCAACUACAAAAUGGUAAUGCCCAAGAUAACCCAUUCAGAACAGCACGAUUGUAAAAUCAUAAAAAUGCAAAACUGAAGUUGGUAAAGGACUUUUUUAUUACACAAAAUCACUUUUCACAACCAACUCUCCAAUAAUAAGCCACCAAUAUAAUAAAUGAUCAAUAAAUCACCAAAUGCUCCUCCUUCUCCACCUCCUCUAAGUUUUGCCCUCUGCAUCCCGACUCUGAUUCGUCCAUAUGUGGCAGUGGGCUUCCUUUCAUGCCGGACCCAGGAAUGCUUCCAGUGCCAUUCUGUUUCCUCUAGGAAACAUUCCCGGCUCCUAGACAAAGUAGGGUGGUCCGCCACUGACAGCGCCCCCUAUCGAUCCUAAGGGACCCCAACAGGACUGUACUUCUGCACUCCAUUUCCCUAGCAUCCCUGCAUUUGUCCCGACUGGGUUCUCAUAUGCGGGCCACUGCCACCUAUGCAUGGGAAAUGAAACCAUUCCCAGGCAGGGCUGUCUUAAUUCAUGGGCAUUCUGGGCAGUUGCCCGGGGGCCCCACGAACAUAGGGUCCCACAUUUUUUCUGAUGCCUAUGUAAGUUUCUGUUUUGCUAUCAAAACAGGGGCCCCAGUGCUCUACUUUGCCUGGGGGGGCCUAUGAUGCUCCACCUGUUUUUUUAUACUGGCUGAACACAGAGUUAUCUUUCAACCCAGCCGGCCAAUUCAUUCACAGUUCCACUCAGGCCUCCCAUCCAGGUAAUAACCUGCGUUCCUCCCUGUCCGGGAUGCCCUGAUCUUAUCCCUCAAGUCAUAUUCAAAAUGUACGUUUUGAAAAUAUCCUCGCACUAACUUGUUUUAAGAAGGUUCUUCGCAUUACCUUCCACUAAGAAGUAGUGAAUCCAAGUGUCUGGACACAGAGUACUGCCUGCCGCCAUCUUAUAUAGGGACAGUACAAUCAUCACACCCAUGUGAUGUCACUUGUCACAGCCACACGACUGGGUGUGGGGGAGGAGGUGUCAUUGCUAUACUCUGUAAGGCCAUGGCCACAAGUGCAAAAUGAACCUGCCCAAGAUAAACGACCCAUUCAAAAUGGCAUCAAACACAUUACAGUAAAAUGAUACAGUAUAUUAUCGUUAGAAAUACACAAUAUACACAAUAUGCCACAAACUGAUUCUCGGAGAAACAAAGUGGAGAACCGCGACUAAGCUGAGGAUGAACAUGUACUGAUGGAGGAUACAUCAAAAGACUUAAGGAGGAACCAUCAUGGUCUGAGCUCACCACAUGUCUUGUGGAGUCUUUCUGUGAACUGGAAAGAUCACUCAGAGCGGACCACGUAAAGGCUGAUGUGUAAGCUAAACUAAUUGUGCACUAUUUGAUAUUUAUGCUUUUCAAAUAAUAAAAAGAUAAUUUCUGUUCA